AUGGCACCCAAUUUCCUUCUAAGUAGGUUAGCGUACGUAGUGGAUAUGUCCAAUCACUUACUUCAAGGUAUUAUGCCUUCCCUUUUCGUACGGCAUCAGUCUCAGCCUCCGAUGAUGUCUUCACUUGGACGACGUCGUCACGAUGCCCGCCUAGGCCGCCUAGGCGCUGUUUUUGAUAUAUAUUUUUUUUCCGACUGCAGCAGCGGCAUUCCUCAGCUCUCACAGACUCAUCGACUCUCUGGCCUUCCUUUUUCCAGCAAGCUUUUCGUACUGCAUCAGUCUCAGCCUCCGAUGAUGUCUUCACUUGGGACGACGUCGUUACGAUAUCCAAACCGUUUCAGAUCUCAGGGGCUACUCGGAAAAACAUCAAAAUCUGAAAUCGCGCUUUCCUUGGUAAGUUAUACAAUACAUUUUCUCAGCUGCCAAACAGAAACAGACCAAUUGACGAGAGCUGUGGGAGAUGUAAUCAAAAGCUUAGGGGAAGAACAUGGUCCAGUGCCUCGACAUGGAGGUUCUGUGAAAGGGCUUGAUAAUGAGGUUUGGAGGGGACACUGUGGCGCUAUAGUGUUGGCUAGAGAGGAAUAUAAGAUUUUUUGUAGGGUUAGAAACUUCAGUGGUAGCAUUGAGUCUGGUCGUUUUUUCAAUGGUCAUGCUUAUGGAGUGCACAUGAAUGGCGCUGGUGGACUGAGCCUCCAGACCUUGAUGAAAUAA